UAUGGAAAAACUCCCCCAAAAAAACUUUACAGGGAAAAACAUGGUAGAAACUUACAGAGGAGCAACUGAGGACGGAUCCCUCUGUGUGCAGAACAGAUCAACAUGACAAUAUGAUACAUUAAGAGAGAAAUUUUAUAAAUAGAUAAAUACAGGUGGACUAAACAGACGAGAAUACAGUUAUAGUGCAGUUAUAGUCAUGAAUGGAUCACUGGAUGGGCCCAAAGUGUCAGAGGCCCUCUGGCUUCACCUGCAAAAUGUCACUCAAAUUAACACGUACUGAUCAGAAACAGACUCAAAAUGACCAUAAAGAGAUGCAAAUGAGCUGCAAAGAGACAAAAUACCUACACAAAGGGGCAAAACGAUCAAAAAGGACACAAAAUUAUCUCAAAGAGAAACAAAACAACUAUAAAAAAAACCACAAAACAACCGCUAGGUGACAUUUAAAAUGACCACAGAGACAUGAAACCACAGAAAGGUGCAUUAAAAAGGGGCAAAACAAUCAAAAAAGACACAAAAUUAACCUUAAAGAGAAACAAAUCAACAACUAGGCAACAUGUCAAGUGUCCACAUGCAAAAUUACCACAGAUAUAGAACCACAGAAAGAUGCAUUAUGACUACAAAGAGACACAAAACAACAGCAGAAAUGGACUAAGCAUCUCAAUGUAACACUUACCAACCAGACAGAGACUCAAAAUGAUCAUAAAGAGAUGCAAAUGAGCUGCAAAGAGACACAAAAUACCUACAAAAAGGGGCAAAACAAUCAAUAAAGACACACAAUUACCUCAAAGAGCAACAAAAAACAACUAAGCAACAUUUAAAAUGACCACAGAGAGACAUAAAACCACAGAAAGAUGCAAAGGAGCUGCACGGAGACACAAAAUACCUACAAAAAAAGGGGCAAAACAAUCAAAACAGACACAAAAUGACCUCAAACAGAAACAAAACAACAACUAGACAACAUUUAAAAUGUUCAAAUGCAAAAUUACCUCCAAUACAAAACUACAGAACAGCGCAUUGUGACUACAAAGAGACACAAAACAACAGCAGUGGAUCUUUUUGCACACAUGCCCCCAUUGUCUCAUAAUGCACCCAUACACUACAGAGAGGGGUCCAUUAUGAAAAUAUGAAGGAGAACAUGCUUUGACUUUAUUUAUUUGAGAUGCAUAUAUGUUUGUUGAGUGUGAGAUUUUAUAACUAGACCUGACAUGUUAUGGUUUCAUGGAUUGUCAUAUGUGUUUAUGAUAAGCCUCAUAAGGAGUCACUAUCUGUCUUUACAUCACAGAUAACUUAUCUAUUGUGACCCUCACUUUGUCCACAGCUCGUGGUGAGUGGCUCUAAUUAAACAAGGCUGUUAAUUGUGUCUCCGCUCUGAGACACCGCAGGCUGCAGAGGAGCAGCAGCACCGCGGGGCCGGCUGCUCUCCUCCGCCUCUAUCCACCCUCAGAUGUUAGUUGGAGGCUGUUAUGUUCGCCUGUGUGAGCCUCCUUCUCCACCGUUUCUUUUGUGCUCCUUUUCGAACGCCUCGCGGGGCUGCCGCUCGGCCGCGCGCACGCACGCGAGUCUGCAGAAUCCAUGCAGCUCCUCCUCGAGGGGGUCGCGGUGACUGAGAGCCCCCACCCCCUCGUCUCUCUCUGCCUCCCCCCCGGCUCCUCCUGCGCCCGCCCCGGCACCGAUUGUUGACAAAAGACGCUGCGAGACGGAGCUCGGAUCCCGGAGCCCGGUACUGGUGUGGCCGAGGUGAUUCGGUUGUCGGUGGUGAUCGGACCGCAGCAGGCCGGUGUGAAGUGGACGCCCCCCCUCCUUCCUCCACCUCCUCCUCCUGCUCCUCCUCGCGAUUGGUAUUUACCGACAAAACCAGCGGCCAAGAUGGGUCACUUGGUGUGAGAGGAAGGAGCAGAGCAGCGCUACAGGAGGAGGCGGCGGCCUUGGGCAGGUCUGUUCAGCCGGGAAUGGUGUGAGCUGAGGCAGCCAGGCAGUCUGGAUCUGACCGGGGACCCGUCAUUCCCCCGGAGCCUCCGCGGCUCCAAGCCGCGUCCUGAGCCCUCCAAGAUGGGGAAGUGCGACGGAAGAUGCACGCUGCUAGUGAUAUGUUCGCUGCAGUUGGUGGCAGCCCUUCAGAGGCAGGUGUUUGAUUUCCUGGGGUACCAAUGGGCUCCCAUCCUGGCCAACUUCCUGCACAUCAUGGCCGUCAUCCUGGGCAUGUUUGGCACUGUGCAGUUUCGCUUCAGAUACCUUAUCUUUUAUGCAGUAUGGCUGGUCCUCUGGGUGGGAUGGAACUCCUUCAUUAUCUGUUUCUACCUGGAGGUUGGCAACCUGUCUCACGACAGAGACUUUCUCAUGACAUUCAACACAUCCCUUCAUCGCUCGUGGUGGAUGGAGCAUGGUCCCGGUUGCCUGGUAACGCCAGUGCUAGACUCCCGCAUGGCCCCUGACGACCACCAUGUCAUCACUGUCUCCGGGUGUCUCCUUGACUACCAGUACAUAGAGGUGUUGAGUUCGGCCAUUCAGAUCCUACUGGCUCUCUUUGGCUUUGUGUACGCCUGCUACGUGAGCAAAGUCUUCCAGGAUGACGAGGACAGCUUUGAUUUCAUUGGUGGCUUUGACUCGUACGGCUACCAGCCUCCUCAGAAGUCCUCCCAUCUGCAGCUGCAGCCUCUUUACACGGCUGGUUAACUGUUGGUAGCGCCCCCUUCAGGCCAAACCCUGACGGUGUCACUGUGGAUGGAAAGCAGUGGUUGCCUAGACUACACUCACUCUGUGUGUCACAGUUUACCAGAGGAAUGGACUUACCCCACCCAGAGGGAGAGACGUCUGUGCGUGUGUGCAUGUGUGCUUGUGUCUGAGAGAGAGAAAUACAGCCCUGAAUAGAAUGUACAGAGCUCAGGGAAGAGCCAGCAUGCCAGGUGGUGUGAUGAGAUGAAGGAGGAUGAGGAAGAGGAGGCAGGGGAGAAGAGCUGCGGAGAACAAGAGCUGGGGACACCUCUGUCAAAUCACCGGAGAUACACUUCACUAAACUGCCAGCUCUCAACACUCCUACAAGUGUGUGUAUGUGUGUGUGUGAUUGUGUAACUCCACAGGACUAGCUGGUGCUUUGUGGUUGCACCCUGGACUCUUACCACUCGGUGUCCCUGUGAUUUUUCUUUUUUUUUUUGGGUGCUUGUGUGUGGGGGGGGAGGGGAUCGGGGAUGUGGGUGGGGUCACAUAAUAAAAAGAGGCACGGCUCGUACCUGUUGUCGUUUUAGAAUGUGGUGAUGUCGAACUAGAGCAGUCUUAUGAUUCCCACUCCCAAAGCCAUCUUUCCUUCCUCCCAUGCCGUUAAAACCACUGGGGACUUUCAAGGUUUUUACAGUACAGAGCUGACCUGCUGAGGCAGUAACACAGAGCUGGUGGAGCAGAAAGGAUGGACUGCUUUAACCAGUGCUUCACCCACAGAAUGAUCAUUCGUAUACCAAUUACUCACCCAGUGUUAGGUUGAAUUUCUUUCAUGUGUCCAGGGUAAACGAAGAAUCCAAAAAACUGAGGAAAUUCUUGAUGAAGUGGAAUAAAAGGGGGCUGCGUUUAUCUACAGCAAAACUAUAUCAACACAUCCUUUUACAAACUUUCACACAACUCAUGCAGUAUAUUCCACGUCUCAUUUAUCUAGUCAUAUGCUCAGUACUUCCUAAACACAAGCAUUUUCAAUAAAAAUCUUACGCAUAAACAGUCUCACACACUGACAAGUAGCACGCCUGGGCAAAUCAGUCUCAAUGAAAUGCACGAGCAGAGUUAAAACGCACACGCUUGCCAUUGUGUGCUACUCAUUCAGCUCCCAUUUGAUCAAGUUCAUCAAAAAUUUGCGCAAUUUUUUGAUUCUUCGUUCAUCGUGGAGGCAUGCCAGAAAAAGAGAAGCCCAUUGUACACUGCCUCUUUAAGGUGGAUAUUUCAAGUUGUUACACCACCUCGCUCUUCUGUAUAAAAGGUACAAUGGUGAUAUGGGGGUACAGAGUCGGCAGCGGAGGUAGUAACAGUGCUGAAAUGACAUCUGUAUAAAAGGGACAGCCAGCAGGAUGGGACCAUAGCUUGAACAAGUGUAAGGUUUUGAUGACGUGUAAUGCGUGUGCAGGAGAUUUAAAAAGCAGCUAGCUGCAGUUAGCAGCUACCUCAAAAAAGAACAGCGGCAGAAAGUCUCUGCAAAUCGGGAAAACAGUGAGGUCCAGGAGUUCCUUACCCUCCAAGCAGAGGAUGAGCUCAGCUGCCAUAUAACAGGGACAGUAACUGAUAGUUAUUGCCACUAUGCCACUGUUAUUGUUUAUUAAGCACUAGCGACACAUGUUAUACGUCACUAAAGACUGACACUGAUGUGCUAGAAGUCAUGCCCAUUAUACCUGUCUUGCUAUGCUGGCGUGCUGUUUAAAAUCACACUGGAGCAUCAUGAUGUUGUCGUUAUUUGAUUCUGUGUAAAAAUACAAAGGCGGCAUUAAGAAGGGACUUCAAAGCGACCCUGUAGUGCGAUCUUUCCAUGGUGUAACUGAUAUAUAAAUGAUCAUUUUGUGGGUGAAGUAUUCCUUUAAGGGAUCAGGCUGGCAAUAUUUUUUACAUUGUACUGUUGACCAAAACCAACAAUGGGUUCAUCUGUCUUGUAUUACUUAACAGCUUCCCCAGCUUGCUUGUGUCUCUGGCCACAGCCCAUUCAUUCCUGGAGGCAUAAAUCUUAAAAAAACAAACACAAACAAACAUUAAGAGUCACAGACAUAAAGUAUGCCAUAUUUAAAAAAGGCUAAAAACAGCUGGGCACUGUAGAUUAUAGCAAAUGUCACUGAACAGCAGUAAACAGCUGCAGUAGCGAGUAUUUACAGCAGUGGGACGGUGUACAUGGACUCAUCUCAAAAUAACUACAGUGGCCAGCUUUAUCAGAAUAAAGGAACACUGAUGUUUUUUUAACAGUCUGGGCAACAUUGGAUUUCGCAGAGGAAAAAAACAUGUUAGGAGUGAUUCAUUGUUGGUUUUGGUCUUAUAAUAUAUAUAUAGAAUAUCGGCAAACUUAUCCUUUGAAGGUUUCAGUAAAAUGUCCAUCGACAGGAUAUUGCGUUUUCAGGAGAAUAAGUUCAGCCUUCUGUACAUGUAAUGCUGUUUAUUAGGGAUGCAGAUGGCUUUGGGAUCAGGCAUUAGUGUGUCUAUGGGGGAGGGGUGGGGGGUCAGUGGGGAUACUGUGCAUGUAAAUAACCAGCCAAUGAUUGUUUUGUUGGUUCCAUUUAGAAAAGGGGGGUUGCAGUAGGGGGUGGGAAGGGUUUGGGGGAAAAAGGGUACACAUCAAAGUUUUUCUUCAUACCUGUUUCUCUUGUUCUCUCUUUUUGGAUAUCGUCAUGCUGCCCUCCUUUAACCCAUCCGCAGCUAAUUCUCCUUAUCAUCCUUCUCAAUGACUACAUUCCCCUCCGCAGCACAACCGCUGAUUUACACCGGAGCAUGGCGAUAAAGGAGACCUGAGGUGAAAAUGUGUCAUGAUCGGUAGUUUUUGUAGAUACAAGUGAAGACAUAAAGAGGGAAGAAAGGAGACAGAUAUGAGGUAAAGACCUUAUUGGGUGUAAGGUGAAGUUUGAAAUAAUAAAAAUACA